CAAAUAUUCCUUUUGGUCUAUUGGCCACCUAAAUUGGUAAAUUGGACUGAUGAGAGACAGGACUACCCAUGUCAAGGAAGUAACCUCCGCUAUUGUCAGCUGAGAAACGGAAGCAGGUGUCCCUCAGCAGAGCUGACGUAAGCCCUGUGCAAACAGUGAAGCAAUACUUAACCUCCUGCGGGGGGAAAUAACCCUUUUAUUUGAUUUUUUUUUCCCAACCAGGAGAACCUGUUUGGGGAGAAAGCGGUGAGUUGGUUUGCACCAAACCUAUGCCUUGCCAACCCACACAUUUUUGGAACGAUGAAAAUGGCAACAAAUACCGAAAAGCGUAUUUUUCCAGAUUUUCAGGUGUUUGGGCCCACGGAGACUACUGCAAGAUUAACCCCCAGACGGGUGGGAUCAUCAUGCUAGGCCGCAGCGACGGCACGCUGAAUCCGAGUGGAGUAAGGUUUGGCAGCUCGGAGAUCUAUAACAUUGUGGAAGCCUUCGAGGAGGUCUCCGACAGCCUCUGCGUCCCACAGUACAACAUGCACGGCGAGGAAAGGGUGGUCCUUUUCUUGAAGAUGGGCACCAACCACGAGUUCAGACCCGAUUUGGUGAAGCGAAUCAGGGAAGCGAUUCGGGUGGCCCUUUCCGCUCGGCACGUGCCCAGUCUGAUUCUGGAAACGGGCGGCAUUCCGUACACCAUCAACGGAAAGAAGGUGGAAGUGGCUGUCAAACAGGUCAUCGCCGGCAAGGAAGUGGCCAAGCGGGAUAUCUUUUCUAACCCGGAGACGCUCGAUCUCUACCGUAAUAUUCCUGAGCUGCAGGAUUUUUGAAGGAACCUCGUCUCUUCCCGUCUCUUGGUGUGAGUGUGUGUCUCUAUGUGUGUUUGCGUGCGUGCAUGUGCGUGCGUGCGUGUCAACUUAUAUCCGGUGUAUAUAAUACGUAUAUGGAUGAUAUCCAUAAAAGAAAAUUGACUCGAGCGACCUUCUUUCCAGACGGGGACAGGAAAAAUCUAAUCUGAUUUAUACUGAGCGCUUUGGGAAAUAAGAAGGGCUAAAAUUUAAUCUGUAUGGAUUUGGGGAUAUCAGUCGUGAUUUACUUCCAGCUCAGAAAAAUGGGAAUCUGAACUCUGGGCAGAAUUUUUCCCCAACCUAGGUGCUAAAGAAUGUUUAUCAUUUUGAAAAGCAAGAAUGAGUCUCGGAGGUGGGCGACGCCAGGAUGGCUGAGAAAGAGAGCUUAAAAUGGCGGGCUGAAUAUUUUCGGCAGAUGUUUCUCAGUGGGUAGGUGAGAAAAAACCUCUGGAAGAGCCACUCGUUACUUGUCUCCAGGCGUGGAAUUCCACCGGUUCGUAUCGGUUUGGGCGAACCGGUUGCGCCAAUGAUCAGCUGGGAAAGAAUUGGUUCACCCCGACGAUCAGACAGGCCGCUUACCCACGCUAUUUCCCACCUUUAUCUUCUCAGCUGAUUUGCGCGGCAGAGCAGACUGCCGCGCGAAUCAGCUGGGUUACUCCUACAAAGAAACCCGAAAGUGAAGAUUUCUUCAAACUAUGCGCGCAGCGCAAAUCGCGCAAACCGGUUGUUAAAUCGGGAGGAUCUCACCACUGUUUGUCUCGCUGUGGGUGGUUUGCAGGAAACUUGAAGAGCAUCUUCUCGGUUGAGGUGGAACAUGGGUAGGAAGAUAACGGAGGUAGCUGGCAUCUUGGAAAAAUGAGCUUUUUAAUAAUGUCCUGUCCUCCUCCCCCCCCCCCAAUCCUUAACCCUAUGCGACCAACUUUUCCACUUGAAAAAAGUUUGCUAGCGCAGGUGAACAUUUGUUUUGCUUUAUUGUUUUUUUAAAAAAAUAAGGGAGAGAGAGAGAGAUGUACUUUUUAUUUAACUUUGAAAAAACAAACAAACUCAACCAUUACAGGAACCAGCAACAUUUUCGGGUCAACUUUGUAAAAAGGACUCGGAUUUUGAAGAAAGAUGAAAAGAGGUAUGGGUUUUUUUGUGGGUUUUUUUGGCUGUGGGUUUUGGGGUUUUUUUGGUUGGUGAUCCUUAGCUGGUGUUUCUUUUCAUGCAACCGUCUAGUUCAGUGGUCUCCAACCUUGGCAACUGGUACUCUAGAUGAUGGUCUCAGUCCCACGAGCCUGUGGGAUGUUUUUUU